GCCUGACCGUCAACGUGAAGAAAGGCAGUGGCUUUACAAGCGUUUGUAUUAACACAAAGGCAUUAUAUACGGUACAGAACUUACUCUUGCCGGGAAAUCCUCAGUCAUCGAGUAGAGGUCAACAACUGGAGUCACUUCUUAUCAGGAAACUUUUUGAUGAUCGGAUAAUUUAUUGUCAUGGCUGAGAUAAAGAUUCGUCGCUACCAUGAAGAUGAUGAUGAAGAUGUAAAGGAUAUUUUCACCUUAGGUAUGAGCGAGCAUAUCCCAUCGUCCUGCAUGCACGUCCUCAAACAGCCCCUUGCUCAGAUGUUUCUGGGAUGUGUUUUUUUAGCUUUACUGACCAGCUCAAUGUCCAUUAUUCUGCCAGUGUUAGCAGUCACUCUCCUUUUGGCUGCAGGCAGGCAGGCCGUGAGCUACAUGUUCACCAAGUACAUUACGCUUUCACUUGAUCAAGAUCUCAACCACAUACGACAGACCUACCUGGAGCAACCCAACGCCUGUUUCUGGGUGGCGGAGGUCCAAGAGCGUGUUGUGGGUACAGUUGCAUGUUUACCUGCAGAGAACGCAGGGAACUACCUGGAACUGAAGCGAAUGUCAGUGAGAAAGUCUCACCGUGGGCAGGGGAUUGCCAAAGCACUGUGUCGUAUAGUUGCGGAGUUUGCUCGUGAACGUGGUUGUGGAGGAGUGUUGCUUCACACUUCGGUGGUGCAAACAGAUGCACAGAAGCUCUAUGAGAAGAUGGGCUACAAGAAAGUUAGAGAAUUUGAGGUUCCAGAGUUUAUCGCCAAGAUGACAAAUUUUACAUUAUUUGAGUAUCGGCUUGACCUGAAACGACGCAUUUUUUGAGGUUAUGGCUACACCAGAUCACCAUUUUCCUACAACGCAGACAGUUUUCUAAGGUAUUGCAGAUCACUGAUGAAUACCAUCAUUGUACACCAUACCCUUUCUAUACCUGUGUCUGAACAACAAUAAGAAUCAAUUCUAAAUGAUUUUUAAAAGAUGUCUACAUAUGGCUUCUCUGUAUUCUUAUCAUGCUUAUUUACAAAAUAAGGGUCUAAAUCCUUCAAUUGUGGAUAGAUGACCAAAAUUGUUCAUUUUACUUUAUGGAGUAGAUUGAAAAAUGUGAUUGCUUUGUGAUUGUAACAUUAAACGGAACUUUAGCAUGCAGUUAAAGUGAUUCGUUCUAAUGAGGAAAAUGUGAUUGUCAAUAAAAUAAACCAAUAAAGACUUAACAUAAAAUGUAUUUUAACUUUUCACAUACAAAUGUUUGUAAUGUUGUGUUAUUUCAAUGGCUUUCGUUUAUUUUUAGGGUUGUUUUGAUAUGUCAUCUGUCUCAAAUGGUAAAGAAAUAAAGUGAUCAUAAAAUAAA